AUGUUACCUCCGCCCACGUUCAGCUUCCGCACCUCAAACAUGAUCAACGAACCUGAGUAUUCCGGAGGGGCGACUGAUUUCACGGAGGAAUCUCAGUAUUCCGGAGGCGCCACCAAUUUCAUGCCUGCUGUACAUCCAGGCCAAGAGCAGUAUCUAGACCUCAACUACCCGAAUGAACAUCCAGGCCAAGAGCAGUAUCUAGACCCCAACUACUUGAACAAAUACUAUCUUGACCCUAAUAUCAACCAAAGCUACUCACACUCAACCUACUUGCACCAAAACUCUACUGCUACCAACCAACCGUUCGGCAUGUCGUCUGUACACUCCCAUCCCAAUCACUCAACCCAACAUCAAUUGCAGAAUCAUACUGAAGGUUGGACCAGCAACUCACCACAUGUCAACCAAACUGCGAUGUCUACCAAUUCUGGGGCGCUACAAUCGAUUCCUAUCCCUCAUCAGACUAAUCAUCCGGGACAGCCAUUGACCGGUGGACCGGCUUUCGGAACUCAAGGACCGGGGCCAUUACCGAUUCACCCUUCAGGCCAUGGUGCCGGGCCGCAGGCCAGUGUCCGCGGAUGCCUUCCUUCAAAUGGCGCACGCGCACCUCGCAAGCGUGGCUCCACGAAGCGACAGGCCUCAAAUCCUUGUCCAUCUAAUGCUCCUCCUCCUGCUCCACUUCAAGCGAUUCCCACUCCUCCUCCUCCAAAGAAACAGCCUCAAAACCCUUGUUCAUCAACCGCUGGCCAACCGGCUACUCCGUUACAUACGAGCACUUCGAAUGACCAACCUUCCACUUCCCAUGGCGCCCAGCAGACCACGAUUGCAUCAACCGCUGGCCAACCGGCUACUCCGUUACAUACCAGCACUUCGAAUGACCAACCUUCCACUUCCCAUGGCGCCCAGCAGACCACGAUCGCAUCUGCUGUACCGCAAGGGAUGACUGGAGUUCACUCUGGUGGGGGAGAAGACCGUGCGGGUGAUCUUGCGGGCGAGGUGGAGACUCAAGAGACAUGUGGUAGUAAAAAGAAGCCAAACGAGAGGAAGCGCCUUGAUCCACUUGUUCUGGAGUCUCUGAGGGGCCUCCAGUUGGAUCAGCUGCGAAAGAAGGUUGCCCACCACGGGCAUUACAAACGUCUGGCGGCCAAAGAUCGUGUUGCCCUUGAUGCAGCUUACUCCCGAUACCAACAAGAAGUGUACUUGAUUGCGGCCAAAAGACUCCUCAAACCCAGACCCGUCUUGAACCAUGUGGGCAGCCUGAGCCGAUUCCGAGGCCCGAACAUGUACAUCAACUUUUGCGAAUAUGACAUCGAGGCGCUGUGA